GCAGCAGCAGCAGAAAAAGCAGCAGCAGCAGCAGCAGCAGCGGGCGGAGGAGGGAUGAGAGGUGAGGUCACGUCUCCCCUGAGCCCAGCGCCGGCUUUUCAGAGCUUCUUCUGGAGCCCCCGGCCAGUGUCCGCAGCCUCCGCAGACCUCCUGUCCUGCCCCCGCCUUCUCGGCCUCUCCCAUGUCUCAGCACCGCCCCACGUCGGACUCCAAGCGGGCUUUGGACGGCAGUCCAGAGACCAACAUCGAGGAUGAUGCCCCGGAGGAGGAGGUCCAGAUGCCCCCCAACUACCUGCUGCUCACCAUCUUCUCCUGCUUCUGCCCCGCGUAUCCCAUCAACAUAGUGGCCUUCGUCUUCUCCAUCAUGGUCUGGAAUGAACUCUCCCCAUCUAUACCUCUUGGAAUCCCCAGCUUGGAGUCCCUUCUGGCUCUAAAAAAAAAAAAACAACUCCUGUGUCAGAUCCUAUGAAUUGCCUUUGCUGAUUGCCCCCAGAUGUGGGUGCUCUUUUCCUCUGAAUUAUACUUUAUCUAAAUUUCCGUAUUCUUUGCAUUUGUGUUCCAUUGUCUCCUUUUAGUAAAACAUAAACUCCAUAAGGGCAGGCAUACUGCUUGUUGUUUUUGUGCCAUCAGCUCCCAGUUCAGUGCCUGGUACACUGUAAAUGCUCAAUAAACAUGUGUUGAAUUCAUGGUUUACAUUAGAUGACCUCAAAGUUCCCUUCCAGCUGUAAAUCUAUGAUCUUAUGCAUCUACUGGAAGAGUUUA